CCUCUACGCAGACUCCCUGGCGCGAGCUCGGUAGUGAGGCAACAUGGCGCCGCCGACCAUUGCUUCACGUCUGUACUCGUUGCUGUUCCGCAGGACUUCCACCUUCGCCCUCACCAUCGUAGUGGGCGCCCUUUUCUUCGAGCGUGCCUUCGAUCAGGGCGCAGAUGCCAUCUACGAACACAUCAACGAGGGGAAGCUGUGGAGCCAUAUAAAGCACAGAUACGAGAAAAAGGAGUGACUCCUUGCCCCCGGGCCGGAAGGAACAGUCCCACCCAUCAGCUGUUCAACUGGAGCUGGGGCCUCCGCCUAAGCAUGAGUUUCAAGUUACUCUCCAUGGACCACCUGUAUGUUGGCAAGCAAUGGCUCCACCCUACACACAGACUUUUAAGCUCAAGUGUGUUUGACCACAGCUAUCAGCAAAUAAAUGAAAAUUGUUCAUGAGA